AUGGUCAAGUGCGGACUACCGUGUCCAGUGCCGGUCAAACUGAAGCGUCAUCUUCUGGUUAUGUCGCUGAUUGGUGAGAAUGGAUUGGCAGCACCACGUCUGAAAAACAUCGAUUGGGAUUUUUCAACUGUGGAAGAGAGAAAAGAUAUUUUCUCACAAGUCAUCGAUAUUAUGAAUCGCAUGUACAGAGAUUGUAAACUUGUGCAUGGGGAUCUGAGCGAGUUUAACUUGCUUUUAUCGGAAGGAAAGGUCUAUGUUAUCGACGUUUCACAAUCAAUGGAUUUAUCUCAUCCGAGAAAUCUUCAUUUUCUUAUCAGAGAUAUUGAAAACGUAUUGGCAUUCUUCCAACGCCUUGAUAUACCAGAUUUACCCACACCGGUGGCACUAUUCAAUAUGAUAACAGAUUUGUCCAUGAGUGAAGAGGGAUCACUAAUCGUACAGGUGGAACAAUUUUCCGAAGAGAACCGAGCCCACCAGAUGAAGAAAUCCAUGCCGGCCGAUUUCGAAUGGUCUGCGUAUAAUGCUGAAAGAAAGGAACAUCGUGGCGAAUCGCCUGCACGGGACUACAACUGA